AUUAAAGGUGUGCGCCACCACCGCCCGGCCCCCAACUAACUCUUAUAAUCAAAUUAACCUGUUUCUAUUCAUCUCCAUUCUGCCACGUGGCUUGAUUACCUCUGCUCUGUGCUGUAUAUCCAGAAUCUUUCUGAUGUAAUCCUCGCCUAGAUUCCUCCUCCUCUUCCUCUCUCUUCCUAGAAAUCCUGCCUAUCUCUCCUGCCUAACUAUUGGCCGUUCAGCUUUCUAUUAAACCAGUCACAGUGACACAUCUUCAGAUAGUGUAAACAAAUACUCUGCAACACAUUCAUUUAGUUUUUUUUUCUUUAUCUUUACUCUCUGUUAUCAAUUGCUCCGAUUAUCUUUGAAGGAUUAAGUCUUACAAAUGAUUAUUAUCAACAGACAAUGACAAAUCUAACGGAUCUAAACAAAAAGACACAAAGGAAAGGCCAUCACAUCACACCCACUAAGUUCUAGAAUCCACUGCUGACACUGACACAACAUUGUACCAGCAGCUCCUUCUGCCCCAGCUGGAGGCUCCAUCAAAUAUGCAUGCAUGCUAGAGAAGCCUGGGGGUGCAGAAUCUACAAAGGUAGAGAGGCAUUUGCUAUCUACACAGAAGAAGAAAAACUCCACCACCCAGUAACAUCAUAAUCCCACAACCCACAGCUUAGAAUACUCUGAGUCAUCAUUUCUCCUCUCCAAAAUGUGACUUUUUGGCAAGUUGUCAACACUUGUUUUGAUUUCCUUGUAUUUUAUUUGCUAUUUAACCUACUCCAACUUUGCCUUUACCCUUGGACAGCAUCAUACAUCCAAAUCCAUUGGCUAGUGCCUCAUCUUGCUUAAGCUCUCGCUCUCUCUCUCUCUCUCUCUCUGUGUGUGUGUGUGUGUGUGUGUGUGUGUGUGUGUGUGUGCACAACACCAUGUAUGCAGUCAGAGGAAAUUUUGCAGGCGUCGUUUCUCCUCUUCCACCAUGCAAGUCCCCAGGAUAAAACUGAAGUUAUUAACUUGACUUGGCAGUAAGCACCUUUACCUGCUGAACCACAUCAUCAGCCACUCACUAUCACUGUACACUCUCUGACCUGUUUGACCUAAGGCCCCCUGAAAGGACUCUUUUCCUUCUUUCUUUUUUCCUGAUUGCUCUCCUCCAUCUCUUUUUCUGCAUCUUUUUACCUGUUCAAUUUCUGUACACUUGUUUCCAUGGCUCUGUCAUUUCUUCUUGUUGGUAGCUUCAUUCAUGCCCAGUCUUCCCUCCACUUUUAAAUUCUUAGAAUUCUUACAGUUCCUAUGGUGGAUCACUCCUUUGUUUAGAAAGGAAAAAGCUAAGUUCAUGGCCUCUUCGCUGGGCUCCCAAAUCUGGCAUUUCCUGUCACCUAUUUUGCAUUCCUACUUGCAUGUCAAAUACGCAUUUUUGUUUCUGUGUGCUCAUAAUUUGUUUCCUUAGGAAGUCUCUGUUGCUCCUGUAAACUUUCAUUUAUCCAUGCUUGAGCCAAAAAUCUAAGCAGCAUUCUUGACCGACUUAUUUUCUCAUAAGCUCAUGUCUGGUUUACCCACAAAUCCUGUGUUUUCCACCUCCAAAAUCAUUUCUAGCUUUCGAUCCUUUGCCACUCUAGCCUGCCAUCACAGCCUUUUGAUUGUGACCACAAUGAAAAUAUGUCUUAGCCAGUGCCAGGCACCUGUCCCUGCACCCCCACAGCGUUACUGCCUUUUCUGCCUCGAAUAAACCAAACUAUUUGCUGUCUCUCUGUUUUCCUUUUCAUUUGUGUGCAGUGAGUAACUGGAAUAUCAUUUCCACAUCCCCUGGGAUCUCAUCUUGCUGAUCCCCUUUGACUUUCACUCUCUCUAAAGUAGCCCAGUACUCCCCCUGUAAUGUCAUCCUGGCUGCCUUUACUUACUAACCUCAGCAGCAGCGUUGUGCCAAUAGCUUAGAGGUAGUCCCCUCUAACUAGAAGACCAAGGGGGAUGCUUUAGUUAAAGGAGGGUUUGUGGUAGGAGGUGAACGUCCAUCACAUAUUUAUUAAAACAUUGACUAGACAGAUCUUGAGUGAUGUCAAGUUCCUCUGAGGUCCCCUAACCUUUUCAUGCUCACCAGGGUGAUUCAUCUUCAGCCACAGCUCCGUGCAUUUUCCGUUUGUUUUCAUUAAUAAUGAUGAUGAUAGACUGCAUUGGGCGGCUAACAGGAAAGACAAAGGUGAUGAGGCUGGUACACUCAGAAUGUCUCCUGGCUGGUGUGGCCAAUACCUAAACAAACGAUAUCCGCUCAUCAAUCAUUGUUCUAUUUCGGCCAACUAGAUCUCCCCAGAGGAGUCAUCAGACCAGCUCCGUUCUGAAGAUUGACAAGCUGCCUCGUGGUCUCUGCUCCCCUUGCAGACUCACGCUAAGAGUUUUAAAGCCCCAGGUUGCAACGGGAUUAGCAGACUCCGAGGUAGAGUGACAGCGAUUGUGGGGCACUGGAAAGGGCCAGAACAUGAAGGGCCCCAGCAACCUGGCGGUGACAGCCUUGGCCCUGCUCCUGGCGCUGUCGGUCCUGGGAAACUCCAGCGGCGCUCCGCAGAGACUCUUUGAGAGGAGGAACUGGACUCCCCAAGCUAUGCUCUACCUGAAGGGCGCACCAGAGGGCCGCCGCUUCAUCUCCGACCAGAGCCGCAGGAAGGAGCUCGCAGACCGGCUGCCUCCAGAAAGACGAACCCCACAUCUUCAGCUCCUGACUCUACCAGAGGCUGCAGCCCUGUUGCUGGCUUCCUUGCAGAAACCACGAGAAGGUGAAGGAGAGAAUUUUGAUCAAAGCAAAUUCCUGGAAGACAGACUGCUAAACUGGUGAAAAUGUACCAGGGCACAUUCAUGGUAAAAACUGUAGCCACAUGAUUAGGACCUGUGCACACUUCCUUCCACGCCUGUAACCUUAGAUACCUGCACCCCUAGGUUUAGUCUCCCAAAAGCAAGACACGUGGAGUUCUAGGCUGGAACACCAUCAACUUCUUCUACUGCUUUGGGUUUACGUCACCCGUGUCUUCCGUAGGCUUAGAUUGUAUAUGGCCAUUAGAGUGCCUUGACUGGGAACUCAGAAAUGUUUUCUUUUCCCUGUAGUCAGGCCCUGUCCGGAUCCAGGCAGUUUGUUCUUCAUCCCAUCACCUUUUGCACUUGGGUGUCACUCAGCAACAAUCCCCUCCCCCCCCUCCCGUCUCAUCCCCAGUAAGAGAGAAGGUUUGGUAGGACAGGAAGGCGGACAGUGUAUCUUUUUGUGACUCACCUAAAAGAGGUCAAUUAAGGGGGGAGAUGGGGAGAGAAUGCCUGGUACAAAGCUCCCAUGAAAACACGUAUCAUCUAUUGCUGCUGAGACGGGGGACCCUCCAUGAUGCUGAAACCCUUGGAAGGUCUGUGAAGACCCAAGGCUGGGAGCCUCUUGGUGUUCCUAGGGGAUCUAACUGAAUCCCACUUAGACAUUUGGACCUUAAAGUCACUGGCAUUUAAACAGAUGGUGAUGGAGUUUGCCGGAGCCACACAAAGGUACAAACCAGUUUGAGGUGCCCUAUUUUCUGUGGCUGAAAGAGACUUCAUCAUGACUUUACAUUAAGGUACACCCCAUGACAUAAGUGUAUUCCAUAUGCAUGGAUUUAUCCAUUUCCAAAUCCAAAUACAUGUUCAGGCGCGCGCGCACACGCACACACACACACACACACACACACACACACACACACACCGUGGGAGGACUUGGGGGUGAGAUCCCUACAACAAGCAAAUUUACUUGGAAUUACAGCAUGAUCACCAUGAUAUUUUUUACCUAAUCAAUUCAGAGUCAUUAAGUGCCCAAGUGACAAAUAUUGAUUCUUAUCCUCCCCAGCUUACAGCCAUUACUUAGUAGCUACAGAAUAUCUUUAUGUGAAUAUCUCUGUAAUCUGAAAUUUUAACUAAACUGUGUUAAGUAAUCAAAACCAUGUGUAUAUGUUUUGUCUGCUCAGUUCAUAAUUAAAUAAUAAAACUAUA